GGCUACUGUCACUCCUUCAACGGAUACACGCCGCCUUUUACGGACCGCUACGUCGGUUUUAAACACAAACAUAUUUGGAUUACGUGUACCCGAUACAUUUCCACGGUUCUAAAAGCGUGUAACGCCUCUGGAGGCAAUACUGAUCACUUCCAUUAACGAAUUCUCCUGCUCAGAGUUAUCACAAACCAACAAAGAGAAAAGCAAUGGCUUUCCAACGCAGCUACAGCAAAGUGUGGUGGGGCUCCGAUAAUCAACAGUUACCCUCCUCUUUGGCGCUGUCCUCAGCGGCGGGUGGCGCAUCCUCUAUCGGCGACGGCAGCAGUUUCACAAGUGGCGGUUUCUACUACGGCUCUUACUUCACACAAAAGACGCAACAACUGAAUGCGCAGCGUACGCAUUACAACAACCACAGUGGCGGAUAUCAUUCGCUGGAUUCGGGCAGCUUUCGUUCGCACGUGGGCAAUUUGUCGCGUAUACAGGAAGUCGAUGACGAGCACAACAACUCGAAGUUGUCGUGGGGCAAGCGUGACAGUCCCGGCAGUCUACGCAGUCAGGACUCGGGUUUCUCGGACAAUGACGAGUCGCACAGCGGACGCAGUCUCGGCGGACGUUCGUCGAAACCCUCCUCACCGAGCGCCAAAUCGACGGGCAGCGCACGCAGUGCGGCUAGUUCGCCGAGUUCAGUGCGCUCCGUGGCGGUUGAGACGCCACCCACAGUUAUCCGACGCGUAGGCAAAUCGGAAUUCUAUUCACCGCUGGUGAACGUAUCGCGUCGUAUAUCAUUUCCCGGUUCACCUGCCACAACGGCCGCGCUGGAUGCCGCCUUAGCCGCGAAGCAGGACUCAACGUCACAUUUGCCGAAAUGCUUGACUUCUGAUGAGCUGUUGAUGGACGAGGCCGUGAGUGCUGCGAAGAAAUUGAAUUUCGACGAUGCUAAUGCGAGCGGUGGACUGGCCGUUGCUGGACCGCAACAAGCGCAACAACAGCAACCGAAACGACGACGCCGUAUCAUACGUCAGCCCACGAAACCCAUGUCGCCCACAAAGCGCCGCACCUUAGUCGAGGAAACAGAUAAUAGUGAUGAGGAGCGCGAUGCCGGCAGCGCGGUGAAUUCAUUUGAUGAGCUUGAUCGUUCAGCGGAACAUAAUCGCUCACGUACGCGUUUGCAUGUUGUGCCAGAUUACAACAAUGAAACUGUCUAUCUUGGUGUGGCUGCCACAACUCCCACCACAAAGCCGUACAACAAUGAAACGGUGGUGCUGGGCGCCGGUGGUGAAAUUACGAGCGCCACUAGUGAAGAUAACAACAACAAUACGCUAAAGUACGAAGCGCUUGAUAUGGACGACACGUUAUCGCCACUGAAAGAAACCGAACAGCGCUUUUUGGCAAGCACGAGCACACCGAAAGCCGCACAAGGCAGUAGUGUGAAGCCGUGGACGCAGAUGUCUUUCCGCCAUGUCACACAUGAGUAUGAUAAUCCAUUGUUAAACGGGCAUGCACCGGAUCUGCAGCACUGGUUGCAUGACUUGCGCUCAUCAUAUGAACACGAAGUGAUGUCUACACUACAGACCAAGUCUAUAGCGCAGGAAGCCUUCAAGAAUCUGACGAUAACGACGAAUACCGUGGCGAAAUUGAUACGACAGUUGCAGCAACGCGCUCUUUCCAUGCAAUCGGACUUCGAGCGUGUGGAGCGCAUAUUGUCCGGCGCGCAGGAGGCCACACUACACGAGGCGCUCUCGGGCGCUGAACAGUUGGUGGAGAACGUCGCAGAGUUUACACAGGUGCUCGAGCGACGCGCUGUCUUCUUCAAUGAGUCGCGCGCCGAUCGCAAGCGUUAUGACGAAAAUAUUCAGCAGAUACGCAUAAUAACAAAGGACACACGCUAUUCAAUCGAGCGCCAACACUACAUCAAUCUAGAGUCGCUGCUAGAUGAUGUGCACGUGCUGAAGCGCUAUCUGCUGAUUAGUCUUCGGCAGCUGUUCGAGAAAAUGGUGCGCGUUAUCGUACAAAGCGUCGAACAGGGUCACUGCGAUCUCAUGCUGCGCGCCAACAUCAACAUGAUUGCGACGCUUAUGAACAUCGAUUACGAGGGCUUCGCUUCGCUCACCGACGCGUUCGUGCAGAGCGAAGCCGUGCGCGCCCUAUUCAUCGUCUGCCUCGAGAAUAAGCUGUCGUCAGUGCGCGCGCAAGCUUUGCGUGCACUUGCUACAGUUUGCUGCUCACCAGCGGCGAUUGCGCAGCUGGGCGCUUGUGGUGGCAUCGAAAUCGUGCGCGACAUCAUACAAGUGCCGGGUAAAGAGCGCAAAGGCGAAUUUAAGCGCGGCGAUAUUGAGCGCCGCGAAGCGGUAUCACUACUGACGCAAAUCACUGCUGCUUGGCAUGGCCCGGAGCAUCGUGUUGAUGGCUUGAAGGCGUGUGCAGAGAUCAUAGUGGAGGGGCUGACGCAGUUGAUAACUGACACUGCAUGCGCGCAGACGCUGCUCUUAUGUGCAGCCGCUUUGAAUAAUCUGAGUCGCAUAGAGGUGACGUCACACUACUCGAUAAUGUCAAACGAGGCAAUCUUCAAAUUGAUCGAGGUGGUGCAGGCGCGUGGCGAAGAGGCGUCUAUUUUUCUUUACGAACAAAUCGUUGCGAUGUUGCACAAUAUGUCGAUGAACAAGAAGUGCCACAGUCACUUGGCCAAUGGCAGCAUCAUAAAUUUCAUCACGUGCGCAUACCAAACGGAAUUCUACAAGUGCUACGAAUCGCGCGCCGAAAGCGAUGCACAGCGCCGCACUAUCAAAGCGAUUCUGCACACGCUGACACACUUGGUGCACGAGUCCAGUCUGGGCAUUGAACUGCUGGAGCAGCAUCGCGUGCCCGCCUUCUUCCGACAGGCGCUGUCAAUUGGCAACGCUGGUGGUGGUGGUGGCGCUGGUGCUGGUAUGGAGGUAUGGUCCCUGGACGGUAGCCAUGGCAGAGACAUUUCGGCAUUGGCGCGCCAAUUGCUGCAGGCGCAAAAACAGGAGCAAACUGCCGCGCAGGUCGGCUGUGAUGGUGCGCUGACUACUGCUACUGGAAGUGGUGCUGGCGCACAAGCGAUGGCGGGCGCAGUUGGCGGUAGCGGUAACGGCAGUGGCAGUGGCAGAGGCAAUUUCAAAUUCAAUUUGACGCGUCAGGAGAGUUUCGUCUGAGUGGCUGUUCGGGUGGCAUGCAACUCAGCUGCAAAUGUCUGUUGCGCGUUGAGCGCCUUGGGUCAUUAGGCCGCUGCAGUCGUCGGCGCUUAGGUCAGUCAGCUGCUAGUCCCUUAAAUAAAAUUACCGCUUGUUUUCGCUCGCCUCAGACUUACUUAGCAGCCAGUCGCGCUUGUGGCGUCAUGUAUGCGGCCGCCGCGUCGCUGACGUGAGGCGCGUUCAGGCAUAAAAAAGAACUGCUGCUGACGCUGGCAGUGUAAACGAGUUUUUGCCACUUUUACUUGCUAAAAGUGCGCGCAAAGACUCUUUAAGAAUUUGAAAAAUAAAAUUGAUAUUUUUUUAAGUAUGUAUAUGUGUAUUGUUUAUUUGAAAGUAAAUGUAUGCAUAUAUUACUUUAUAAUUUUAUUUUUGUUGUGCGCGUCGAAAAGUGCGCUUUUGAGCGACUAAUGUUGUAAAUAAAUUAAUUUGUAAAAAUGUUUAUAUGUAAAUUAGCAUAAUUUUUUUAUUAAUUAAAAAUUAAAAAAAAAAAUAAAAAUUAAAUGUAAACUAGUUAGCUUGUAUGUGUGUAUGUAUGUAGUGCGCUAAUGAUUUACGCGUGAUUUUGAAAACAUGCCAUAAUUCGCGCAUUGCUUUUUGACAGCGCUUGUAAUUAAAUUAAUUAUGUACAAACCAUUUGCACAUCGAAUGUGCGAACUCAACGGAGUAACGUAGUCAGUUAUGUGCCAAAAAUCGUUAAAAUUUAUGUGUGUCGCUGUGUGACCGAUAUUAUCACUGUAGAAUAGCAACGAGUGUGCGUGUGUUGGUAUUAAUUGCGUGUGAGCCGUCUUUUUUGCUGCUUGCUGCUCUCGCUUUAUAAAUCACAAAUGACACGCCAUAAUUUUGCUACUCAAAAAAUGUAAUAUAUUUAUGUUUAUAUGUUUAUAUAUUUGUACAUAAUAUUUAUAGUGUCGCUUUUUAUGCAGACAAAUUUAUUAAUAAUUAAUUCACGAAUUUUAUUCACAAGCAAUUAAGUUUUUUCGUACUGUUUUCCCUUUUUUCUCAUUAUUAUUGAAAGAAUGUAAUAAAAAAGCAAUUCAAAUACAAAUUA